CUAGCUUGCGGUCUUCCCCCGUCUUCGGUGCCACUGUAAACUCACAGAGCCGCCGUUAGAAGCUCCGUUCUAAUUUCAGACUUAGCGAUGGAGCACAUUCUAGCCACAGCUGAGAAAAAAGUGCUGGUAAAGCUGGUGAAACUAGUUCAGAAGCUACGUCUAGAAGGCAGAAACGUAGGAUGGAAGGAAUUUUUAAAUGUUUACGACAAACAGGCAGGAUCGAGCUUGAGUGAUCCUUCGAGGCGGUCUAAAGAUGUCCUUGUUGCUUUCCUUUCCACACUCGAGAAGAAACAAGAUAUAAAGCUAUUGGCAAGGGUUCUUAAACCCAACCCUUAUCUGGCUGAGGAUUUCAAACAAGAAUCUCCAGAUGAGACUGCUGAACAAAGGCUAGUUCGAAUGACUAUCACGGAUGAUGAGUACCUGUUAGACUACUUGUUCCCAUCUAAUGCUGAGGACUGGUUGGUAACGGGGACUGGAAAGAAGAAAUCAGAAGCCAAGAAAUCGACCAAAAUCGAAAUGGUUGCUAUUGAUUGUGAGAUGGUUCAAUGUGAAGAUGGCAGCGAUGCUGUUGUUAGAGUUGCUGCAGUUGACCGUGAUCUAAAGGUAAUUCUUGACGAAUUUGUGAAACCGGAUCAACCAGUCGUUGACUAUAGGACCGAUAUUACUGGACUUACUGCAGAGGAUGUUGAAAAUGCUACUACUGUAUCUGUGGUAGAUAUACAGGAAAAUUUGCAGAUGUUUCUUUCUGAGGAUACUAUUUUGGUAGGUCAAAGUUUGAACCAUGAUAUGAAAGUAUUGAAGAUAGAUCACCCAAGAGUAAUCGAUACUUCACUCGUGUUUAAAUACAAGUAUCCCGGUUCAAGAAAGCCUCGAAAACUUCAAAGACCUUCUUUGAAUUAUCUGUGCAAGUCUAUAUUGGGAUAUGAAGUGCAGAAAGACGGUGUUCCCCACAAUUGUGUUGAUGACGCAGCAGCUGCUAUGAAGCUUGUACUUGCUAUAGUAGAGAAAGAAGUAGAAACCUCCGUUCCAGUUACUAAAGAGAUGUUGGAAACUGCGAAGUCAAGACUCUACCUUCAUAGAAUUCCUCACAAUGUUCCAACUGAAGAGUUGAUUGAAGUUGUUUCUAGGGAAUCCACACCCAAAAUUAAGUUUGGGAAGCCAUCGAAAAAACAAGGAAGUGGCUACUAUAGUGCGAUUGUUGUUUUUAAUAGUCCAGCAGAAGCAAAUCAAGCUUUUGAAAACAUUGAUGGAGACUUGGGAAAGGAUUCGGCAGGUUUGACGCAAAAGCAGGUUUUUCUAAAGCAAAGUUCAAGCUCAGGACCUAGAUUAUACUUUCACGUUCGUAAAAUGGUUGAAGAUGAUUCUGCUAAGGAAAUCUCUGCAACAAAGAGAAGUUACCAAGAGGAGAAGAAGGCGAGUUGUAAGAAACAGAAAAGAGAAUAUGAUUCCGAAGAGACCAGAGAAGUAGAUGUCAACCAUUGUGGAGAAGAGAAAACGGAGGAGAAAAUAGAGAAGCUACGUGAAGAUGAUUUGAUACAGGAAAUUGAAGAACUGAAGCAGAAACUCAAAGCUAAGGAUCAGAUGAUAGAUUACCUCAAAAAGCAACUAAGGAAGAAGAAGAAGACAGUUUCGGUAAAAUGAUAUAACCAUGUCCACAGCCCACAGGACCGUGUCUAUGUCAUGGAUUGAGAUAACAUUGGCCUAAUUUAAUACAAUAUUUUUAAAAGUUAUUUUUUACAAAAU